UCCCAAGAGCAAGACACCAGAGGGGCGAGCAACUUCUGGUCAUGCACAACAGAAGCCUGGAUUUACUGCUCUCCCCACGUAGAGCUGUUAGUCAGGGGUCUGGCAUCUGACAGAACUUGUGAGGCAGCGCUUGCAUUGUGGGAUGAUCAGCACCUGCACUUACUAGGAGCCGCUCUGCCACACCAAGGAGCACACAGACUGACUUCCCACAUGCCUGGAAGAACUCGUCCAAUACUUGCUGCUGAGUGAGAUACAUUUUACAGGAAUUCACUGGAGUCAAAACUACUUUUUUGUUUUUAAUCUUGAGUUCUGGGGAUCAUUGAUCUGAUACUCUGUUACUGUCUAGUGAUAUAAACCUAUACGAUGCAUCUGCAGAGCGUCCUAUGCCUGGCUCUGCUCUUCUUGCAAGGACUCUGUGCAACAGGGCUUCGGAAAAAUCACAAGUUAUCAGAACCCAAACUAAGCCCAGCAGACGGCCAUAUUGUAAUCAACGUAGGACAGUCAUUCACUGUAUCCUGCAGGGGGGCUGCUCCAUUAACGUGGCUCUGGGAAGAGAAUGCCUAUUCCACAAACGGCAGACUGAGCGUAUUGGAGCAGCAGUGUCGUGGUCCUGAUGAAAAGCACCUCACUUGCAGUCAGUUAACCAUCCAUGAUGCACAUCCGAGUGACACUGGAUACAUCACAUGUCUAUAUAGCCAGGCCCUGCACAGCCACAAUCUGAAAGCCACGAGUUACAUUUUUAUCAAAGAUGAUGAACAGCCCUUUGUGAAGAUGAAUACAGAUGUCCCGGAUAUAGUUUAUAUCAACAUUAAGACAGAUGAUCUUGUGAUUCCCUGCCGUACCACCUCCCCAUACUAUAUGGUCACUUUGAAGCUGUAUAAUGACUUUCCAGUGGAAUCUAAAGGAAUAAAGUGGGAUCCCAAAAGAGGAUUCAUCAUUACAUCACCCUCCCAUGACAUUUCUAAUAUGUUGAAGUGUGUUACAAAAGUAAAUGGAAAGACAUUCUACACUAUGUAUUUAGCAAUUCGCGAAAGUAAUCAAGAAAGAGUAAUCAAUACUUUGAAAGUAAAGGCCAAUGCCCCAAAGCUUUUGGUUGGAGAGUCACUGACAUUGACCUGUACAGGAGAGACAACCUACAAUGGUCGGAGGGAACUGAAAUGGAUGCACCGUGGCAAGUAUGUGGAAUCCUCGUUGUCUUUGAAAAUGGAUAUCUCGGUGUACAAAGUAACAGCAGUCCUGACAAUUCCACACAUGGCAAUGCAAGACCGUGGUCUUUACACCUGUAGGGAUAUGGAAAAUCAUUCACUUGAUACAAACAUUUCAAUAGCAGUAUUUGAUAAGCCUUUCUUGAACAUCAUUCCUCCAAACAAGACAGUACAUGAGGUAAAUGAAAGCCGGAGAGAGUUAAAGCUGUCCACCAGGAUUCGCGCUUUUCCUUUGCCAUUUGCCACCUGGUACAAAGAUGGACAAUUAAUUGGGCCAAAUCAUACCUGUUACAGUUAUAACCAGGACAACUACAACUUAGUUAUAAAAAACCUAAAAGAGAAGGAUUCUGGGAUUUAUACCCUGGUGCUAAGCAACUCUCUCCAUGGUCUGGUAAAAUCAGUCAACUUCACAGUAAUUGUCAAUGUCAAACCGACCAUCUAUGAGAAGGAGACAGAUUUUGACAGAGUAGAAUCUGUUCUGCUGGGUGAAAUACAAAGCUUCCACUGCACAGCCUAUGGAGUGCCCUCUCCCAAAAUCCAGUGGUAUUGGCAGCCCUGUCUGCAGGAAAACAUACUGUGUGAUGUGGAUAAAACGUUAGAAAGGAUUCCAGUUUUCCCAACAAAUCAUGCUUUAAACCUGUCUGUUAACAUCAUGACUGCAGCUGUUGCAGAAGUUAAUAUGAUUCAUGAUGGGAAAAAUAAGACUGUAAGCACACUUACCACCUCUGCAGGCAGCAAUGAGUCUGGGAUCUACUUUUGUGUGGCUUCAAACAAAGCUGGUUUUGAUGAAAGAACCAUGCGCUUCAUCCUAUCAGAAAUUAAAACUAGAGUGAUGACAGAACCAGAGACAGCUAUUCUGAUUGGAAGCGAUGUAAGCUUGGUCUGCAUGGCAGAAAAGUAUGUAUAUAUGAAGCUGUCCUGGUUUUAUCCAUCAGGAGAGUUGGUGCCUCCAAAUCUCACAGAGUUCUGGUAUGAAAGACACACUGUCUUCCUGUCACUUACACUGAAGAAUGUGACUCAGAAAGAGGCUGGAGUCUAUAAAUGCAGAGCUCUGCACCGCUAUCAUAGCAAGGAAGUGGAAACGAGAGACAAUCACCUUGUGGUUUUAGAAAAGGAGGCUCCUCAAGUGGUUCAAGAGCUUACAAACGCUAUAGUUAACAGCAGCAGCACCUUGUACUUGGAAUGUAGGGUCAAUGGAACCCCCACACCCAACAUCACCUGGUUGAAGAAUGGCUAUGUGAUCAAACCUGCUUCCGGAAUUACUCUUCUUUACAACAACAGCCUGAUCAUUGAGAGGGUAAAAAAGGAAGAUGAGGGAGUGUACGAAUGCCAAGCAACCAAUGAGAUGGGAUUAGUCAGCACUUCUGCCUUCAUCACUAUUCAAGGCACAGAGGAGAAGUCUAACAUUGAAGUCAUCAUUCUGGUGUGCACUGGUGUGGCAGCAACACUCUUUUGGUUACUUCUUACUCUGUUUAUACGAAAACUAAAAAAGCCCCAUGCAUCAGAAAUGAAAACAGGGUAUUUGUCCAUCAUCAUGGAUCCAGAUGAAAUGCCACUGGAUGAACAGUGUGAGAGGCUGCCUUAUGACAGCAGCAAAUGGGAAUUUCCUCGUGACCGGCUUAGUCUAGGGAAGACUCUUGGUCACGGUGCUUUCGGGAAGGUGGUGGAAGCCUCUGCUUUUGGCAUUGAUAAAUGUUCAACCUGCAAAACUGUUGCUGUAAAAAUGCUUAAAGAAUGUGCCACAAAUAAUGAAUGCAAAGCCUUAAUGUCAGAACUGAAGAUUCUUAUCCACAUUGGACAUCACUUGAAUGUGGUUAAUUUGCUGGGAGCUUGCACUAAGCCUGGAGGACCUUUAAUGGUUAUUGUGGAGUAUUGCAAAUAUGGAAACCUCUCCAACUAUUUAAGAAGCAAAAGAGGUGAUUUUAUAGCAUAUAAGUCUCAGGAAACUGAGAAAAUGCUGAACAGCUCAGACAGUGACCUCUCUGAGCUCAUCAAACGGCGACUAGAAAGUGUGGCGAGCACUGGCAGCUCAGCCAGCUCUGGCUUUAUUGAAGAUAAAAGCUACAGUGACUCAGAGGAAGAAGAGGAAGAUACAGAAGAUGUGAGUAAGCGCUCUCUGACAAUGGAAGAUUUGAUAUGUUACAGCUUCCAGGUGGCCAAAGGCAUGGAGUUCUUGGCAUCCAGAAAAUGCAUUCACAGAGAUUUGGCUGCUAGAAACAUCCUUCUGUCUGAAAACAAUGUUGUUAAGAUCUGUGAUUUUGGUUUGGCCCGUGACAUAUAUAAAGAUCCAGAUUAUGUGCGCAAAGGAGAUGCUCGGUUACCUCUCAAGUGGAUGGCGCCUGAAGCUAUUUUUGAUAAAAUCUACACUACACAGAGUGAUGUGUGGUCCUUUGGUGUUCUGCUGUGGGAGAUCUUUUCGUUAGGUGCUUCCCCAUAUCCAGGGGUCCAGAUAGAUGAAGACUUUUGCUGCAGACUGAAAGAAGGAACUCGUAUGAGACCCCCAGAAUACUGCACCCCAGAAAUCUACCAGACCAUGCUUGAUUGCUGGCAAGGAAUUCCCACAGACAGACCUACGUUCACAGACUUGGUGGAGAGCUUAGGAGAUCUUCUUCAGGCCAAUGUUCAACAGGAGGGAAAGGACUACAUUCCGCUCAAUACCAAUUUGUGCAUUGAUGGUGAAAGCAAUGUGAAAACUGCGAGUGAAGAACAAAGCAAACGAAACUCAGCUACACGAUGGAGCACAAUGGAAAUUGGAAACAACAAUAAGAACCGACCUCUCAGUGUGAAGACAUUUGAUGAAGUGCCAGUAGGAAAGGACAAAGCGUUCAAUGAGGAAAGUGAAUCUGACAGUGGUAUGGUCCUCUCUUCUGUGGAGAUGAAGAGUCUGAAACGUCAGGAGACGCGGUCUUGGCCUUUUGGGAUCAUCGCCCAUGCGAUGAAAGCUGUCAGCAAAAGCAAAGAGUCUGUGUUAUGGGAGAAUGAAAGAAGCUUAGUGAAGUACCACCCAGCUGCUCAAAUUAAAGAAGACCCACUGGACCUUAUGCUGGAGGAGCUUGUUCUUCCACCCAUGGAUCUUACUCUGGAGUGUCACAGCCCCCCUCCAGAUUACAACUCUGUCAUCCAUUAUUCCACCCCUCCAGUGUAGCAAGAAGGUGUGCACAGACAUAUACUGUCUCAACUAACAUUACCAGAACACUAUUGUAGCUACAGUGAUUUGCCACUGAAGGGUUCAAUGACUGCCAACCCACUUGUAAAAUGGAUAACACAUAAUAUUAUGUCAUGAUCUUACUCAUGAUGAAACUACUGUUUGAUGGAGCAACCGUAAAGUUAUUUUAUGGAUGAUGAUGUCAACAUCAAUCUGAUGAAAAAUAAAGUACAAUUACAAAAGCAAUGCCUUAAAAGCAAAAUACUAUAUAUAUAUAUAUAUAUAUAUAUAUAUAUACACACAUUGCUUACUGAUAAAGUGUUUUCUAUUCAAUGUGCAAUGCAGUGUUUGAGAUUAUCAUAGUGGAUGGCCAUUUGGUGCUAAAAAGAUUAAUAUGCAAUAAGGGGCGGGGCCAUUGCGGAAUGAUAUAUAUAAUAACUAAUUAUUAUGCAUUCACAAUUGAACUGCAAGAAAAAAGUGUUUUAAAGAAUUGAUCUACAAAAUAAGACAUUGUUAUAGUAAAGAAAAUAGUUCCAUCCAUAUUUAUACUAUACUGCGACAUAUCAAUCUAUGUUCACUGAUCAUCUGUGUUUGAGCCAAACAGUUUGUUGAGAUGAAUAUAACAUUGCUACACAAUAGAAGAAACAGGGAGACUCGUCAAGACUCUUAAUAAUGUAAUCUCUCUUAAAAAGAAAAAAAAAAAGUCCCCCCACUGAUAGUGCACUCAUUUUAUAGACUUUAUUUUAGAAUAUAGAUUUGACAAAGACUUAGUUGCUUCUUGUUAGUAUUUCGGUUUCUUUAUAUCAGAUUACAAGUUCACAUAUUGCAAUGUUCUUUGUUCUAGGGAAAAUGACCUGUAAUCGAUAAAAUUGUUUUGGCAUCUAGGACAGUAGGGAGUUUCUAAACAACUUUCUGUUUUCUUAGCUGGAUGGUCAGCAGUGAUUAUCUAGGGAAGGACAAUAUAUCUCCUUAUUACAAAAUGUGCUUGGAUAUAUCUAUUUAUAGAAUGACUUUAUGGCUUCUUGCCAUCAUUGUAACCUGUGUAUUCCUGGUAUUUAAACCUCUGUCCUUUCAACAGAAUUGCUGAGAGUGUAAACAUGGAGAUUUGCCAAUGCUGGAAUGAGCGACUUUGUCAGAGGAAGAAAACAAAGUUUAUUGGCUUUCAUAUAAUAUUUAUAUGUUACUUGUCAGGCAAAUGAUGUCCUUUGAAUACAGCUGGGACUAAUUGGCAAGCAAAGCCAACCAAUAAGCUAAUAUGUGCCCCUGCCUACUCUUUUGUAUAUUUUUACACGCACAUCAUCCAACAUGUGUUAUGUCUUAAAGUUUUUGCUUUCAAUUUUAUAUGAAAGGCAAUAAAAGUUAUCAGCACAACCCAUGUUUUAAUGCUCUGAAAAACAUAACAUAUAACCUGAGAUAAGUAUAUGAUCCUAUAAAUGUAAUUAAAAGAUUUAAUCAGACCCCUCUGUAAAUAAUAUUUCAGUGCCUUAGCAAUGUUGAAUAGCAAAGAAGACUAUUAUUAAUGAUGCCCUCUGUCACAGCACUAUUAUAAUAAGUAUAUGUACUUAUGUAAAGACUUCUGAAAGGUUAUAUUCAUUGCAUGUCAUCAAUUACUGAUUAAUAAUGGUUCAUGCACUGAUGUUAUGAAUUAUACUAUUUGUUUCCUUUGAUAGAUGAUUCCCUAUAUAUAGGAUGUCAUAUAUAAAACAUAUUGGUUUCUUGUUAAUUUGGCGACUCAGUAUUCAGUAUUGGGUUUGCACUAUAUUUUUAAACUGUUACAAAGUGUUUCAUAUUUAACAUGUAUUUUUUAAUAUAACAACUAAUUUGAAUUUCCAUAUGUUUUGUUGAUAUACAUUUCUUUUAUUAGUUAUGGAACCUGCAAAGAUGUUUGAGGAUCAAAAGAUUGCUUUUGGUUUUUACUUUUUAUGCCGUUACAUCAACCAAAAGUUAUGUGUGCUUUUUACUUUUAAAAAUAAUUUUAAUAUUAUAUUUUAGUAAAAAAGAAAUAUAAAUAUAUAUAUAAAUAUUGCCUAUAUUGCCUAAAGUAUUAUGAUAUGUUAUGAUUUACUAAUAUUUCUGUGACUUUUUAUUUUGUAAUUUAAGUAUUGUUUUCUACCAGUGUUGUAUAAAAUUUAUAUAGCACAAAUUUUAUACAUUUUUAUAUUUGCCAUUUUGAAAUAUAAAACUCCUGGCUGCCGUCUUAUACUUGCAAGAAAAGUCCUUGCUUCUAGAUUUGUAGUAGGGUCAAAAAUGAUAUUUGUCAAUGUGAAUAUGCUUUAACUUAAAAGGGUUAAAUGUACUCAGGCAAUCAGCUGAUAUAAAUUAAUUAUAUUCAAAGCUGUUACAUGAACACCCUUUCAAAUUGACGAUCUCUUCCACUCCCUGCAUGGAGAUUAAUUUCUGCUGCUGUCUCUUGAUUACAUAAUGUUGAAAUUUUAGUAUAGGUGGUAAUUUCAACAGACAAACAUAGCUAUGUCAGAUGAUAAAAUAAAGGCAAAUCAUAGCUUUUUGUAAUCAAUUUAAUGCCAUCCAGUUGGUAAAAUUGAUCAUUGGGAACACAUUAAAGGAACAGUCUACUCCAGAAUUGUUAUUGUUUAAAAAGAUAGAUAAUCCCUUCAUUACCCAUUCCCCUGUUUUGCAUAACCAACACAGUUAUAUUAAUAAACUUUUUACCUCUGUGAUUACCUUGUAUCUAAGCUUCUGCAGACUUCCCCUUAUUUCAGUUCUUUUGACAGACUUGCAUUUAGCCAAUCAGUGCCCUCUCACUUGUAACUCCACGGGUGUGGUCACAAUGUUAUCUGUAUGGCACACAUGAGCUAACGCCCUGACACACUUGCAUUUAGCCAAUUGUGCCCUCUCAUUUGUAACUCCACGGGUGUGGUCACAAUGUUAUCUGUAUGGCACACAUGAGCUAACGCCCUGACACACUUGCAUUUAGCCAAUUGGUGCCCUCUCAUUUGUAACUCCACGGGUGUGGUCACAAUGUUAUCUGUAUGGCACACAUGAGCUAACACCCUGACACACUUGCAUUUAGCCAAUUGGUGCCCUCUCACUUGUAACUCCACGGGCGUGGUCACAAUGUUAUCUGUAUGGCACACAUGAGCUAACCCCCGGACAGACUUGCAUUUAGCCAAUUGGUGCACUCUCACUUGUAACUCCACGGGCGUGGUCACAAUGUUAUCUGUAUGGCACACAAGAACUAAGACCCUCUAGCUGUGAACAACUGCCAAAUGCAUUGAAAUAAGAGGUGGCCUUCAAGGGCUUAGAAAUUAGCAUAUGAGCCUACCUAGGUUUAGCUUUCAACAAAGAAUACCAAGAGAACACAUCAAAUUUGAUGAUAAAAGUGAAUUGGAAAGUUGUUUAAAAUUGCCUGCCCUAAAUCAUAAAAGUUUAAUUUUGCCUAGACUGUCCCUUUAAAUGGGAGAAUUUGUUACAGUACAAUGUCCUUUUAACUUGUUAGACAAAUAUUAUUUACUAGUUUCUCCAUUUCUAGUGGUGCAUUUGAGGAUUUUACAAGUUUCCGGUUAGGUUAACCAGAAGUGCAUGUUGUUUGUUUUGUUUUUUUUACCAUUCUUUGGGUUGUUAGUUACAGAAACGACUCCAUUACUGCAGUUAUGAGGGCAAUCUCUCUUGUAUUUUACCUUUUUUUUCUUCUCUAGCACUUUCUUUAUAGGUAUAUCUUGCUCCCAACCAGCCCUUAUUUAAGACAUCUAUUUCUUUUGCACUUUAAUACAUAUAUAGUUGCUCUAAAUCAUAACUGAUUCAAAUGUUAAUCCAAAACACUUAAAGGUGACACAGAUGCCACUAAACCUUCUUUUUAUCACCACAGCUUGCAGAGUCAGAUAUAUGAUUUGAGAAAAAAUGUGAUUCAUACUUCUUAUUCAACAGCCCAUUGGCUGCCUUUGAAUUGUGUAAUAAUUGGCCAACAUGUCUCUGAUUGGUUAGCUGGUACUAAACACACAGCACAGUGCCGUAGCCAUAAAUAGCUUGUGUUUAUCAUUUUAUACUAACUUCUAACUGUAAGCCAAGUGCCAGGACCUGCCAAAUCCAACUGAUUUGUGCAUGUUAAAUGGAAAUUACAAUGGGUUGUGGAACUAUAUUUAAAGUGACAUGAAACCCAACAUUUUUCUCUCAUGAUUCAGAUAGAACAUACCAUUUUAAACAACUUUCAAAUUAACGUCUAUUAUCAAACUUGCUUCAUUCUCUUGGUAUCCUUAAUUGAAGGAGCAGCAAUACAGCACUGGGAGCUAGAUGAAUACAUUGCUUGAGCCAAUAACAAGAGGUAUAUAUGUGCAGGCACCAUCAGUAGCUUGUUCCAAGUAGUGCAUUGCUGCUUCUGAGCCUACCUAGGUAUACUUUUUAACAAAGGAUUCCAAGACAACAAAUCAAUUUAGAUAAUUGAAGUCAAUUAGGAAGUUGUUUUAAAUUGUAUGUUCUAUCUGAAUCAUGAAAUAAAAAGUUGUGUCAAAUUGUGAAGGAGAACUUUUUCGUUUAAUGUCAUCCCACCAUCCACUCUUCCAUGAGCCAAACGUUGCAUUCCCUAUACGGAAAUAGACCCGUCCCUUAAAAUACAGAACACUUAUAAGUUACACAUGCUGCAGGGUGUGCAGGGAGGAAUGCACACCCUGCAACAUGUGUAACUCAUAAGUGUCCAGGGAAACAUGGCUGAGGUGGCAACCCUACUGGCAAAUAUACAUUACCUCAUGACCAUGAGCAUAAAAUGUUAGUGAUGUUGUAUAGGGAGCUAAAUAGUAAACAGGUUCAGCAUAAAGGGACCUGGAACAGUAAUCAAUUACACAUAAGAUUAUCGCUCUAUGGUAAGAAGACCUAUAAUGAAACUAUAUUUACUACACUGUACAAUGUAAUGUAAAGAGACAAAACUGAAAUGCAUAUUAGUGCAUUUUAAUUUUGAAGCAUUUUUGCAAUACACAACAUGUUGUUAGCAAAUAUUCUUCUAAUAGACGCUAGCACUAUUUUUAGCUUUUACUGUGCAUAUACAUUUAUAGCUUAUGUAACUAUACUUAAUGCGCUGGCAUUUUACAGCAAGUCUGCUCAGAAUGCUGGCAGUUGUUUGUUACAUGUAAAUUAAGUCAUCGUCGGUGCAAUACAAGGCACCACCUCUCUAACAAGGCUGGUGCAUGGAGCAUAUCUAGAUUUGCUUUACAUGCACAGUCAAAUCUCUCACUGAAUAAAACAGUGACAGUUUUUAUUAAAAGCAUUUUUGCCAACACAAGUAUUUUGUAGUAGUUUGACAAAUCUGUUUUCAAUUUAAUAAUACCUCUUUAAUAUCAUUGUCUAUUAGAUACGUGCAUUUGGAGGAAGAAGGAGGCCGCUCGUAUCAUUCGGCUAUUUUCGCAGCUAAAUUUGCUCUUGUGAAACUGCAAUACACUAGGAUCUGAAUUUUCAUGUGUUGCAGUUUCACACGUCCACCUUCUUCCAUAUUCAGAGGUAUCCGAAACCUCUGAAUACACAUAUCUAUUGUCUAUUUUAUAUGGAAUGUAGUUUUAAUUUUGACAUACAUAUCUCAUGACUUAAAGGGAUAUGAAAACCAAAUUAUUUUCUUGAAAUUUUAAACCACUUUCCAAUUUACUCCUUUUAUAAUUUUUUUUCAUUCUCUUGGUAUCUUUAUUUGAAAAGCUAAAGGUAGCCAUCAAUCAGCAAGCUCUACCCAGUGUCCUGAACCAAAAAUGGACCUGCUUCUAAGUUUACAUUCCUGAUUUUCAAAUAAAGAUACAAAGAAAAAUUGAUAAUAGGAGUAAAUUAGAAAGUGGCUUAAAAUUGAAUGCUCUAUCUGAAUCAUGAAAGAAAAAAAUUGGGUUUAAUAUCCCUUUAAUGAUGUGGUGUGGUUCACUAGCGCUCAGUUUUCUUGCUAUACUGACAUACAAUAGUGUUUGCAAUGUUUUUGCUAAAUCCCCCAAUAGAAUAAUAUCAGAUUAAUAGUUUGAGAAGGCUCAGUAUAUGUUAAAAAGUGCUUUCUGUUCAUGAGUAUCUUCUCAGGGAUUCUUAAUACAUUUUUAUGUUGAUAAAGAUAACUUACAGGGUGAGCUGGAAUCAGAUUCAGGUGCAUAUUCCAAGCUAUAUUCUGAUGCAGCUGCAAUACAGCUAGAUUAAAGUUCUCUCAUGGGAACGGAAAUUUAUUGCAGAGCACAAAAAACAGCAAGAUGAGUCCUUGCUUUAAAACUAACAAAAUAUUAUUCUUUAGCGUACUUAACGGUUUUUGUUCUUAGCAUUUCCUCUUAAUUAUUCUCUUGUAGUAUAUAGUUUGUUAGGUCUUGUUCAAACUAAGAAUUAAGGUUUAUUUUCUAAAGAAAUUAAGCUUGUGUUAUUUCAAUAGGAUUAAGAGAAACUGAACUUGUAUGUACAACUAAAGUUAGCAUAUACUCAUUAACCACUAGUGCCUUGGUAUAGUAAGCACACUUACUAAUACAAAUUUAUAUACUGUUAUCAAAUGCAUUUACACAUAUUCAUAUAUACCCUAUUUAAAUUAUGUAGAUAUUAGCAUGAAUUCAAUGGUUGUUCCACAGCCAGAUUUUUAGGAACUCAUUUUAAUACACUAUACAGAUUAUCAAAUGAGAUAUUUGACUGUUAAAAUCCACUGAUCAGAUUUUGUAUCAAAAUCUCUGUCUUAUUAACUUUUCUGUAAACUGCAUUAGUGCAUAUAAGUGAUAACUAAAGAUAGCUAUCCUACAAAUUAUAGUUUAAUCUUAUGUGUCCUCAAUGCUGAACCAGCAAUGCUGCUGCCAGUCUGUUAAUUGUUAUUGCGCAAUAAUGACUGUGGCAUAAUGAGAGAAACCUGCAAUGUUUAUUGAUAAACAAUUCAAACUACCCAUUUUAUUAGCACUUUUUGUUCAGUUGCCUACUAAGAAUGUCAAGUCAGUCAGUAUUCCAAUUGAGUGUGCUGUAACUAUGGUUGACUGUUCUGUUGAGUUUGAACUUCUAGUCCUACAGCAAACAAAUGCUUUGCAAACCAUAUCAGUAAAUCUGUACAUUUCCAUCAAUUCCAAGUUUACUGUACAUUGUUUUAUUUUGCAGACUACAUGCUGGAAAAUAUUCUGUACUUGUUGUGUAAUCAGUUUUGCAACCUUUUCCAUAAAGUAUAUAAUAAACCAAUGUCAAUAAAGCAACUUUCGCUUGAUAGCUAGUAAUCGAUUACACAGUAAAAUGAAGAAAUGUACCUGCUUUAUUUCCUACAUUUUAAAAUAAAAUUAGAAGUGCCAUGUGCAUGAAUCACUGUGGAUUGUAUAGUUCUUAUAUUGUAAAACCCUUAUGUUACAGAGAUACCUAUAAUGUGAUGUGUUUCUCUCAGUAAUCAUCAUGGAUAAGAAUGUGUGCACUGAAACGUUUUCAGCUUCUAUAUGUACUCUUGAAAAAAUGUAUUUUAUGGAUUAGCCAAACAAAAUAAAGAAAAUAAUAUAUAUAUAUUUAUACAA